CAUUCUCCACACACACACACACACACACAGGUCGUUCGUGGAGCAAUGAAUUGAAUAAUAAUUUAAGUUGAAAAUAAAAAGACUGUACGGAAAUCAUUUGAGUUUGCGUUGAGUGUUUGACCAAAAUAGCAAAAUAGCAAAGUGUUAAACUGAACAAACAAAACCGAGAGAAAAACACUUAAAUCUCAUCAAGGCAAAUCCCAUCUCCUUCACUUUGUUUCUUUCGCACGUUCAUCCGUUUGCUCAUUCGAUAUCUGUGUGUCUAUCGGUGUCUUUGUUUAACGAACAUUGUUGAAAAGACAAAAUAACACACACCAAGUGUUGUCAUUGAAACAAGUCCCGUUGCCCGUUCACACGAAAUCUAUUCACCAAAGCCGAUUCAAACAUCUGAUCGAUUUUAUAGAGAGCUAUUGCGAAAUCGUAAUGUUCAUUUGGUGGCAUCGAAUUUGGAACACAGACCCACAACCGAAAUACGAACAAACUUUUAGUACAGAUGCAUCGACACAUCGAAGCCACUUAGAAGACAACGACGAAAACCGCCGAAUAUCAGAAAAAACUCAUUCGCAUCCACAUCAUCCACAUCAUCAUCAGCUGCCAUAUUCUGUCCAUCACAAUUAUACCAGCCAAUCGAAAUGCAUCCCAAAAACCCGAACUGAUCACUUGUCUCGGAUGAAUUCGUUUUGUUUAGCCAUCAUUUUCAUUCAUUGUUUCAAUGUAGCCGUACUGGCGAUUGCAAGCGAAAAUUUGAGCAAUUCACAGCCGCAACCAUGUGAUCGCUCACGGCGAGUGUUCACCGACAUGCGAGGUGAAAUAAGCAAUGGCCCGCCUGGAUACAAUUAUACACAAGAUUCACAUUGCGAGUGGCUGAUUAAAGCGAAAAAUGACAGUCAAUUUAUCACGUUAAAGUUUCAUAGUUUAGCAACAGAAUGCUCAUACGAUUAUGUAUUUGUUUUUGAUGGCGAUUCAUAUAAAUCACCGCUAUUGGGUAGCUUCAGCGGCAAAACGGAGCCACAACAAGUAGUGGCGACAUCAGGGAGUAUGCUAAUUCUACUCUAUAGCGACACAAACUAUGUGCUAAAUGGUUUUCAAGCCGAAUAUUUCAUUAGUAAUUGCCCGAAUAACUGCUCAAAUCGUGGCAAAUGUGUUGGGCAUCAGUGUGUGUGUAAAGGCGAUUGGAUCGCAAAAGAUUGCAGCAUUCAUGCUUGUCCGGAUAGCUGUGGCGUGCAUGAAGAUCGAGGCAUUUGCUCAAAAGAACAUUGCCGCUGUAAAUAUGGAUUUUCCGGUAAAUCAUGCAGUCUGCACAUCGACAGUAAUGUCGGGAACGAAUGGCAUUACUUAGCCUCCGCUUACAGUGGUUUAACAUCGCGGGCAGCCCACUCGGCUAUUUAUGUGCGUGAAACGGAUUCGUUGUAUGUUUAUGGUGGCCAUGAUCUGAACAAUGUUCUUGGCGCUUUGCAAAUUUAUCGCUUCAACAAAAGUACGUGGGAAGAUGAGUUGGGAAUUUCGUUGCGUAGUCGACAUUUUCCGGCUGAAUGGGAUAAUACGUUGCUUAAAGCGAUUUUGCAUCAAAAUGAAGAAGAAGCUCUGCUGUGGGGUUUAAAGAGUGAUGCAUCAUUCUUUCGCAACAUUUUGCUUUCAAUAUCGGAUGAAAAUUUCCUUCGUCGAAGGCAACGUUCACCGAAACGCAGCUCAAAGCUUCCUCUCAAUUUGAAUGAAUCGCUUACGAACACCGAUAUAUCCGAGUUUCUCGAAGAGCUAUCGGAAAAAUCUCACAUUGGCCCAAUGCAUCGAUACGGACACGCUGCGUGCUUGAUACCAUUGGAAGGUGGUGGUUUCGUUAUUUCCGGUGGCAAAUUAGAAGAUGGACGCUUAUCAAAUGACUUGUGGAUGUUCAAUGCAUCUGCACAACAGCCCGAAGACUAUUGGAUAUUACGAGCAACGAACUCAUCGUUUCGACCACCACCACUCACACGACACACCAUCACAUUGGCCGGCGAUUAUUUGUACGUGUUCGGCGGAAGUUUGAAUAACGGCCAGUUUUCAUCGAGAAUUUUCCGCAUAAAAUUAAUGUCUGACCCGAACGAGGAUCAGUGGGAAGAAGUUUAUGCACGUGGCGGCAAGUCAUUGGACGUUCGAGUCGUUGCACACACCACCAUUUAUCACGAGGCCACGAAUUCGUUAAUCGUUUAUGGAGGCGUCGUUGUGAAUGUGGCACGUUUUUCAAAAUUAUCCGACCGAAUGUUUGUGUUUCAUUUGGACGAUUUGCACUGGACUGAAAUACACUAUCCACGAAUGCAAUUGCGAGAUGCAUACAUUCCCAGAGAGCGUGCUUUUCAUACGGCCAAUGUGAUUGGCAACUAUAUGGUCAUCUUUGGUGGUUACACCCAUCGCCAUAAUAAAGAGGAAAUUUGCUACGACAAUCAAAUGUAUUUAUACCAUUUGCGAUGCCACACUUGGAUCAAUUCCGAUGUACUCGGCAUGAAUCCACAGCAACGGUAUCCCAAGAAACAAGGUGUUUUUGCACAUGCGGCCGCUGUACGAAAUGAUAAUACACUUUUAAUCGUCGGUGGAUAUCAUGGGAAUGUGAAUGCUGAUCUAUUGGCAUAUACGCUGCCUCCGAUGCUUCAAGUGAAGAAAAUCGAUCGCGUUUUCGAUCCAGAAAACUAUUGCCACAAACAUUCGGCCAUUUCGGAGUGUUUAUCGGAUCUCGACUGCGGUUGGUGUAGCACAGACAAUGUGUGUUAUGGUCGAACAUUUGGUGCAAAUUGUACUGCAAAUCUUCAGACAACCUGGUGCCCAGGCAUUUGCCCCGCUCUUCAUGACUGUCAUGCAUGUUUGAUCCAUGGAAGCGAGAGCUCAUCGACAAACGAACGCGUUCGAUCGUUUGCCAGUAAAUUUGGACUGAAUCAAUGUCAAUGGUGCGUUCAGAAUGCACGAUGCCAUCACAAAGAUAACAACUAUGGAACUUGUGGUUCCGGUGAUGAAACUCCAUCACAGGAAAUGGGUUGGUGGGGAACGAAUGGCAUUGAAAUCGAUUCAGCAAAACAGUGUUCACUUCUCGACCGAAGACCCGGUCUCACAUUUCUCAAUUACUAUUCGCCGGUGAAUUUUACGAUGCCAGACAGAGUGAGUUUCAUAAAUGCAACGAUGGUGGAUUUCCUAACGCCACCGCCAACGACCAAAACUGAGCAUGAAAUUCACGGAGAUAUUGUGGCUCGACUGUACGGUUUCAUUCGCCCACCGAAAAAAUGGAUAAGAAAUGGUGAACAAUGGCACAUGUGCGCCAGUUACUCCAAGACAAUUCUUAAUAUGAGUAAUUCGUUGAGUGAAUUCAAUGAUUUUCGAACAAUGGCCAAUUUAUCGGUAUCACGCACGCAAUGCCAAAUCAUCAAUUGGAGCGAUGUGAUUGCAAGAGAUAGCGCCGAUUUUACAAACGAAACCAUUCUAACGGAACGGCUGUUAAUUGAUCUCCAGGCGAAUCGCAGUUUAUUCAUGACAGGCACAUCACAUCCGAAUUUCUAUCAUGCCCCAAGCAAAAUUGGACUACAACACAAUGGAACGCAUGAUCUGCAGGCAUUUACUUUUGAGUACCUCGAAACAUAUUCAAAUGGUAAUUGUGAAUCGCUAACAAAUUGUCUGCAGUGUUUGUCGGAUUCGUUGUGCGGCUGGUGUGAUGUGACAAAUGAAUGUGUUUUGCGGUCAAAGGACGAAGAACUUUGUGUUCGUUCUGAUAACGCAACCGACUGGAAAUACUUUAUUAUCGAACCGACGCAGUGUUCUAAUUGCUCCGAUUUUAUCACUUGCGAACAAUGCAUCGAUUCAAACAUGUGCGAAUGGUGGACGGAAGAUGCGCGCUGUGAACGAUACGGACGGUAUGAGCACGCCAUUCGUAGCACCGAACAAUGUCCGGCACCAUGUCAUACGCGUAAAAAUUGCGCAUCUUGUUUGGAUGAAACGGGAAGGUGCGUGUGGUGUGAGACCACUUCAACUUGUUUCAGCUUUAGUGUCUAUACCAGCGAGUUUCAAUUUGGACUGUGUCGCGAAUGGAUCGAUCAAACCAUUUCGAUUGGUGAUGGCAAGGAACUUCCAAAGCAAAAGUGUAAAUCUUGUGAAUCGCACACGAAUUGCUCGACUUGUUUACAACACUUGAACUGUGGCUGGUGCUUCGAUCGCGAUAAUCCUAUUGAAGGAAAAUGUUUGCAAGGCGAUUUCAAUAGCAGCGUUCAAAGUUGUGACGAUGUAUUACACAGUUCUGGUAUGACGAAAAUCGUUCCGGGCGAGACUGAAUGGGCUUAUGCACAGUGUCCAGAUGUGGAUGAAUGCGGGUUGGGAUUACAUGAUUGUCAUAAAGAGGCCAAAUGCACAAAUACACACGGCUCAUACAAUUGCUACUGUCGAAGAGGCUUUAUUGGUGACGGAAGAUCAUCUUGCGUUCGAACGUGUUACGAACAAUGCGUCAAUGGAUAUUGUUCCGGAGCGCCCGACUACAAAUGUAUAUGCGAUAUUGGUUGGACGGGUGACUCGUGUUCAGUUUCUUGUGGCUGCAACAAUCAUUCAACUUGUGUAAACGGCCCGGGUUUCUGUGACGAAUGUCAGCAUUGGACCGAAGGCGAUUCGUGUGAACAAUGUCGAGCGGGUAGUUUUGGAAACGCUACAUCCAUCGAGAAGAAAUGUCGUCCGUGUGAGUGCAAUGAGCAUGGAAAUGAGGCUCUCGGUAUUUGCGAUAUUCAAACAGGUGAAUGCUUCUGCGAACACAACACAGAAGGCAACAAUUGUGAAAAGUGCAGUGCAAAUUACUAUGGAAAUCCAGUAAAUGGUGGACAAUGUUUUUUCCACUGCGAGUCACGUGGAAUGUUGAAAAAUUUUGGUUUACAAGGUAUCGGUUCAUAUCAAUCGCAGAAAAACACAUUUGGACCAGAAAUUAGAGAAUGUCUAUGGAUCGUUAGUCCGCAUUCUUCAACUGGGCAGCAGUUAACCGACAACUUUAUACAGUUUGAGAUCAUACGUGACUCUUCAUUCAAUGUGUCAUGCAACGAAAAUGCUGUAUACGUGUAUGAUGGUUUACCUGAUUUGAUUGGUCACACGCAACAACGACAAUUGCUGAGUGUUUUUUGCGCCGAAGACACAAAAUACUACAUGGUAGAGGCACGUUCUGGUCAUUUGACCGUACAUUACAAGCAAAGCGUGAAAGGCCAAGGAUUCAAUGCAGUUUAUACCGUUCAGAGUUGUGCAGCCGGCACAUGUGUAUUACCACGAGUUUGCAAAGACGGGCAUUGCACGUGUGCAGAUGGUUUCACCGGAGCCGACUGCAGCAUCGAAAGAUGUCCGGGAAACUGUAGCGAAGCAUUGGGUCAGGGAGUGUGUGAUAAAUCGUACGGAAGAUGCUUGUGUAGCAAGGAAUUCGGCGACAAAGACUGUUCGGUUCCGCUGAAGUACGAAAAGAGUGUCAUCAUUACAGAACUAUUCAAUUCACUGUUGAUUGACGAUUCGCUCGAGCAUUUGCGGAAAACAUUGCCUCGUUUCGGUCAUUCCGUGCUCAGUGACAAACGUGGAAACUUGUGGAUGUUUGCCGGUUAUUCACUUCAUCAUCAAGCACUGAAUGAUAUUCGACAAUUUGAUACGAGGAACAGCAGUUGGAUGCAGGUUACGGUUGACUCAACGCCUGACGCAAAAAUGCCACAAGGCAGAUAUUUCCAUGGAGCCGAUUUCCAUCAUACAAAGCAAGUCAUUUACAUCUAUGGUGGCAUGACUGGAGUGCGGAAUGCAAGCGAAGCGGUGUUGAAUGACUUUUGGAAAUUUACUAUUUCGAAUCAGCGAUGGAGAGAAGUUGAAAUUAGUUCAAGUAUUCGACCGCCGCCAUUGACCGGUCAUACAUUGACUCUAAUCAAAGAUGGUGAUCAUGAUAUUCUGGUGUUGAUCGGUGGAUUUUCGCCGGUUAAAGGUUUUUCGCAACAUACGUACACAUUCAAUUUAACAACAGCUCAAUGGAGUGUUUUGGACACGGUUGGUCAAUCGCCGAUCGGUAUCUAUGGACAUUCAGCAGUUUAUCACUCGCAGUCACAAAGUGUAUACGUUUUUGGUGGAUACGUCUUUCAGAACAACGAUAAAAUUGGCAUGUCAAACAAAUUGUAUGCGUUAAGUGUUGGUCAGCGGUCAUGGAGUCAAAUUCCCACUUUCAGCGGAAUCAAUCACAUUGACGAUAAUUUGCCAAGAGCGAGAUUUUUACAUUCGGCUAUUUCCACUGACAAUUACAUGCUCGUUUAUGGUGGACGCACAUCGCCGGAAAAUGCAUCAGAUUCACUAAUUGCCUAUGUUUAUAAGUGCAACAUGUGGAUUCGAUUGACUGAGAAUGUCGAACUGGUCGGUCAUGGACAGCUAAAGCCAUCUUAUGCCCAUGGAAUGACCUACGAUUCCGAUGCCAUUUAUAUUGUGACCGGUUGGGAUGGAAGCAUUAUAAGUCGAGUUAUUCGUAUCAAUCUACCAAACGAUCUGUGUGAGCUCUUUAGCAUCAGUAAACAUUUGUGUCGACACUUUAUGGGCUGUAGUUUUUGUACGGUGAAACCGAAUAGCGAACCCGUUAGCCAUUGUUAUGCCAAUGAUCGAACUGAUAUUUGCACUGAAAAUGAAAAACAGUACAACAAAGGCAUUCCAUGCGAUGCAUCGGCAUUUCGUGGUCGCAUUUGUUCCACAUUCAACACAUGCGAAACAUGCACCGCCAUUUAUCCAUACUUCAUGGAAUCGAGCUCACCAUGUCGUUGGUGUGGUGAUGGUGCCUCAGGUCAAUGUGUACCGCAAAAUAGCACGCAGCAUUGUGGUGAUGACGCAACAAUUAUUGCCACCAGUUCAAAGUGUACGGGGAGCUACUGUAACGGCGAUUGUUAUAUCUGUAUGGAGCGUGGCUGUCACUGGUUCCAAGAUGAAAACGAAAAAAGCUACUGCUCUUCGGACGAAACUCAAAGCGAAACCAAACAAGAAUCUCAUUCAUGCCCGAGACGAUGUGAAACUUUCAAAAAUUGCACCGACUGUUUGUUGGCGAGCAACGAGAAUGAAGGCGGCUGCCGGUGGUCAACACAGCUUGAACAAUGUAUUUCACCCAAUUAUCAAUCUCUUUGGUGCGUUGGCGGUGUUUGCGGUCUGGUGUUGCAAAGCUCUGAAAUCGCAUACUGUCCCGAACCGUGCGGCGCCUACAAACAAUGUCACACGUGUUUGGCGCACGCACACUGCGGCUGGUGCUCGAAAAACAAUACCGAAGGAGAGGGCGUUUGUACGGAGGGAUCGCUUGAAAGCCCAUCUGAAUUUCCGGCCGCUUCAACAUGUGAUAUUAUUUAUGCAAAUCAAAAGAAUCUGACGAUAAUUAAUCCAAACGAUGAAUUUAUAUGGAACUAUGUAAAAUGCCCACCCGAAAAUGAAUGCGUCAACGGGCAUCACAAUUGCGACCCGAAGUCGGAACGAUGCAUGGAUCGUGUGAUUGGAUACGAGUGCGAGUGUGCCGACGGAUUCGAAUCGAUGUCUGCUGCUGAAAAUGCACUUUCGAACAAUGUUUCGAUUGUGGACAAGGAUUUUUGUAUACCGAAGUGUAUUCAAGGCUGUGUGCGGGGCCGAUGCGUCGAACCAAAUAAGUGUGAUUGCGAUUUUGGAUACGUUGGAGCCAACUGUAGCAUUCAAUGUUUAUGCAACGGCCAUUCGGAUUGUCAAGGACCUGAUCAGCUCGACAAAUGUCUCGAAUGUAAAAACAACACGGUUGGCAAUCAAUGUGAAAUGUGCGCUCCGCUGUAUGUGGGCGAUGCUCGUAACAAUGGUGAAUGCAUUGCAUGCAUUGACUAUUGUCAUGGUCACAGCGAUUUAUGCGUCGACAGAGACUCAAACGCAACGGUAAAAAAUAUGAACCGAAACGAAUUACUCGAAACACUUACUCAUGGUCCAGUUCAUGAUGCGCUCUGUCUACGAUGCCACAACCAAACAACCGAUGAACGUUGUGAAGGAUGCAUUUUCGGUCAUUUCAGAGGAUCCGAAGACUUUCAGUUGCAAUGCAGAAAGUGCCAUUGUCAGGGGCAUGGUGACACUUGUGAUCCGGUGACAGGUGAAAAGUGCAACUGUGGUAAUAAUACCGAAAGUGAUACAACGUGUACAUCGAAUCGUAAUUCAGCGCAUCAAUGUUGGAUGUUACAAUGUUCAAAGUGUCGUGAGUCGUAUGCUGGCAAUCCAAUUGACGGCCAUCAAUGCUACAAGCAAAUAACGGUUGAAUCGAAAAUGUGUUUCGAUGCCAAAACCAUUGAUGAAUGCAAAAAACCGCAACCCUUGCGAAAUGGUCAAACAACAUUUUUCGUCAUACAACCGAGGUUCAUGAACGUCGACAUUCGAAUAAUAGUGGAUGUAACAAGUGGUGAAUUGAAUUUGUAUAUGAGCCCGCAAGAGGAUGCACUGGUCGUGGAAACGAGCACAGAAAACAGUCAUCACAAUGUGUUCUUUGACAGUAAAUACACAUGGUUUGCCGAUUACAAUUCCGAACUGAUUGAACCAAUAAGCAUUGCACGGAAAUCAUCGUCAAUUUUCUCCACUCAUCCGUUCGACGGGAAUUUUUCAUUCACAAAUAAUCGCCGCUUCUUACCAGACGUAACGCAUGACUGCAGCCCAUUAAAUCUAAACAGUUUAUUUGUGAAAGAUGUGCACGCAAAGGAGCUCAGCACAUAUGUUACGCUCAACAAAUGCAAUACAAUGCUUCGCGUUUACAAUUUAAAGAAUCGCCUGGUAAUCACACUUCCGCAGCACACACAUAAUUUGAGCUCAACCCGGUUCUAUAUAGCGUUGCGAGCAACCAAUGGACCAGCCAGCUAUGGUUUGGUGUUCUUCCGACAAGAUCAACUGCACAUCGAUUUAUUCGUAUUCUUUUCCGUGUUUUUCUCGUGCUUUUUCUUGUUUUUGGCAGUUUGUGUGGUGGUGUGGAAGGCGAAACAAGCGGCCGAUGUGCGACGAGCACGGUUACGCCAUGUCGUUGAAAUGUUGCACAUGGCACGAAGACCAUUUGCAUCGGUGCAGCUGUCCGUUUUGAAUUCGGAUACACCACAGCCACAUACACGACGCGCACUUCGUGCACAUAAUUCAAAGCAUACAAAUGCCGGCGUUCGACCGAUUGCCGUGGAAAUUACUGCCGAUAAUUCAGCAGCCGUGUGUACAGUUUUUGUUCGAUUGCCCAGCAAUGGUAAAUCACCAAACAUUUCACUUGCUUCAGCGUUGGUGACGAUGAACUCAAGACAAUUUCCCGUGUAUCAGCGCGUCCCGUAUAUUAGACGACGUCGAAUCUCAACAAAUAAUCCGAGUCUAAAUCCAACUCCUGGACCUGGGCCAUCAUCACCAUCAAAUCAACGGCCUUUAGCCCUUCAAUUACGAAGAGAACGAAAUCUCAACAUUAACCAAGUAAUCUGAAUAGAUGUUUAUCGAUCCGAAAAUUGAUCAUCGAUGUGUUUUUUUGAUUGAAUUGAAAAACAAAUGAUAGUGAUUGCUGUGCAACUCACAAACAUACAACACAAUAGACAGAGGCACAACACAUACACACACACACACACACACACAUACAAACGAUUUCUCCAAUUUUCCAAUUCAGUCAGCCUAAAUACUAUAUUUAAGAUUCCGUGCGACCCCAUUUGAUUGAGACGAUUUAAAAAAACAAAAUAUAUUUAUAGUGAAUUAUUUUUUGAUAAUAACUGACCUAAAUGUGAUAUGUAGAAAAAUGAAAAUGGAAAAAAAGAAGAAAAAAAAGAAACAAAACCAGACAAAAAAGAGAAUAUGUUGUAGAUAUAUAGAGAGAAAAAAGUAUCAAAAUGUUUUCAACAGAGAAAAAAUGAACCAGAAAAACUAAUCGUGGGCACACACACCCUACGAAAAUCACACAAAUUGAUAUUUUAUAUUGAUACAUAUAAUAGAUGAAUAGUUUUUACUAGGAAAAAUGGAUAAAUGGAAAACUUCGAUGAUAAAAAAAACAUACACACAUUGACAGAAUAAAAAACAAGAAAAAAACGUUAAUUUUUUUUAGUUAAAUCUUUAAAUAUCAGUAUAUGUGUAAUAAAGUAUUAUUUUUAAAUGGAAAA